UGCCUUUGCCUGUGGUGUCUGUGUCGGUAGGAGACGGCCAUGUCUGAGCGAAAGCUGCAUAGAAGGAGUCAGGCCAACUUGAAAGAGCGAGUAAAAGAGAGAAACAUGAAAUGGACAGGGCUGGGCAAAGCCUGCGAGCCGUUGUCUGCAAGUGCUAAUGGCACAAGCAGCAACAGUGCGCGACUGAAGAGCAUCCAAGCCAACAACAGAGCUCUAGCCCGGGCUUUGCAGGAGGAGAAGCUCAAAGUGAGACGAGCGCGAGAUGCCUUUCUGUGUUUGAAAGGCGAGAAUCAAUGCCUGAAGUUUGAGAUCUUUUAUUUAGAGAUGCUGCUUCAGUCACAGCGAGCGUGGGCACCUGCUGAGAGCGCGAGAAUGUUUCCCCCAGUGCCUCUAAUGAUUCCUGUUGUCACUGGACAAGACCAUUGUGUGGGAGUUCCACAACAUAUUGUAGAAUAUGAAGAAUUCCCUCAGAGUGAGACAAAAGCCACAGCACAUGACAAUAAGCCAGCUGGCUGCUUUUCAGUGGACUUCUGUGAAUCUGCUAGUGCUGAUGCCGUAAAGGAAGCAGACGCAGAGUGUGGUAAGGAAAUCUACUGGGCAUUCCUCCUUCCUGAAGUGAGGAAGGAGGACUGUGUGCCUCUAUCUGCAUCAUGAAUACUC